AUGCCUUCUUCUCCCUCUGGGGACUCGGUGCUCCGCGCAGCGAGCAAAAACGACCGCCGCUACAUCACCCGACACGCACUAGGGUUCUACCGAGCACUAAUACUAGCAGGCUUAUACACUUUUACGUCGAGACAAGAAACAGCACGGGCACCCGUGGAGAAGACAGUGCCAAUUUCAGCCUCAGCCCUUACCUCUGCCGACCACCUCGACCUAAAAGACCCAACGACCUACAUCCCCGCACUGAAACACUGCAUCGCGACACACCCGAUCCUAAGCGCGGGGAUCCGUGGCCAGGAUGGUGAGGAGCCGGUGUUUGUCCGAUGUGAGGAUAUAGAAGGGAUGGGCUUAGAGCGGCAUUUGGAGGUUCUGGAUCCCGUGUCAGCUGUUCCUGACGUUGAUGAGAUCGAGGCUCUGAAGCGUGUGAUGCUCCAAGCGCAUGAUCAAGUCUUUGAGGAUGUGGAGCGGGUUCCGCCGUGGAAUGUUAGUGUUCUUCCUCUUUUUGGUUCUGACGGCGAGGGUAGAAAGAGGGCCUACGUUAUCUUUGCGUAUUCGCAUUCGCAUGGGGAUGGGAGGUCGGGGCUGAAUUUUCAUCGGACAUUCUUGGAGGGGUUACAGAGAGGUCAGAAGGAUCAGGGGUAUGAUUGUACGCCUUUUCACUCGACCUCUGAACUGGGAAGCCUUCCACCAGCGCUGGAGGAGGCGUGUACACUGAGGAUUACGGGGAAGUUUCUACUAUCUACGCUUUUUGGGGCUCGUAUGCCAGAGUGGUUGAGGGGAUGGCUGGGGUUUUCGACCCCGAUUGCGUCGGGGAGGACAUGGACCGGGAAAGUGAUGCAGUAUAACGCUGGGAAUUUCCGAACGGGAUCGGAGAUUCUUCUUGUGCACAGGGAUCGAGUAGAGAGUGUGUUGAGAGUUUGCAGGGAGAAGGGAGGUGCGAGGCUCACCGGCCUUCUCAAUCAAUUGGUUGUGCGGGCCUUGAGUGAUGUUUUGCCGGAGCAUGAUGCUUCGUGUGCUGUCGAGAACUUCAUCGGGACGAUUGUGGUUGAUCUCAGGGCGCUGGUUCCAACGUACAAGCCUGAGAUGAUGCUGAAUUGUGUCUCGGCUGUUUAUGAGGGGUCACAGAGAGUUGCCAAGGGGGACCCGGCGAUCAACUUGAAGGACGAUGAUGCUUUGUGGGACGCGGUGCGCGGUACGACGGCCCGUCUGGCUCAUUCUGCCAGCACGCUGGUGGACCAACCUAUCGGUCUUGUGCAGUACCUGGACAAGUUUCGGCCGUGGUUCCUCGAGAAACUAGGCGAGGCGCGCGACUCGUCGUACGAGAUCAGCAAUGCCGUUGUUUUUGAUCCUUCAUCAAAGGGUAAUGCGUCCGUCUCGGGUGUUGAAAGUGAUGGAAAGGGAACAUGGGACAUUGAGAGGAUGGUGUUUUCUCAGCCGGCGAAUGUGACGAACUGCCCGUUGAGCUUUUCGGUGGUGACGAGGAAGGACGGCGAGAUGGUCAUGACGUUGAACUGGCAGAUUGGGGCUCUCGGUGUUGUUGAUGAGAAUGGCUUUGCGAAGGACAUUCUUGGAAGGAUUGAUGGGUACUUGACUGGAAUUGCGCAGAUAGAUAGUAACACGCUAGACAUUGCUGGAUUGGUUGAUAAUGAAUAA